AUGUCUUUUCAACAAGAAGUUAUUCGCCCACUUCGUUACAUGCAACCCAGUGUUUGGGGAGACCAGUUUCUCAUCUAUAACAAGAAAGCACAGCUGGCCGAUGAGGUGGAUCGAUUAGUUGAUGAUUUGAAAGAAGAAGUAAGGAAAGAUAUUCUGGCAGCUUUGGAUGUUCCAGAGGAACAUACGCGUUUGUUAAAACUAAUUGACACAAUCCAACGCCUUGGUAUAUCAUAUUAUUUUGAGGAGGAUAUUGAUAAAGCUUUGCAGCAUGUUUAUGAGGCUUAUGGUGAUGACUGGAAUGGUAGUAACCCUUCGCUUUGGUUUCGACUCCUACGCCAACAUGGCUUCUAUAUUUCAUGCGAUGUUUUUGAUAAUUUUAAGGAUGAACAAGGAGCUUUUAAAGAGUCCUUAACUAGUGAUGUUGAAGAAUUGCUUGAGUUGUACGAGGCAACACACAUGAGGGUACAAGGUGAAACUGUACUAGAUGAAGCGCUUAUUUUUACUAGAACUCGUCUAGCUGAAAUCGCAAAGGAUCCUAUUCGUAGCAACUCUACCAUGUCGUCCCACAUACAAGAAGCACUAGAGCAACCUUUACGUAAGAGGUUACCAAGACUAGAAGCGUUGCGCUACAUUCAUUUCUACCAACAAGCUUCUCAUAAUGAGUCACUACUUAAGCUUGCCAAGUUAGGAUUCAAUAUGCUUCAAUCAUUACACAAAAUGGAGCUUAGCCAACUUUCCAAGUGGUGGAAAGGAAUUGAUGUCCCGAACAAUCUACCUUAUGCAAGAGAUAGAUUGGUUGAAUCCUACUUUUGGGCACUUGGUGUAUACUUUGAACCAAAGUAUUCUCUUGCUAGAAUUUUCUUGACAAAAGUGAUUGCUAUGGCAACAGUUAUUGAUGACACUUACGAUGCUUAUGGUACAUACGAAGAACUUGAGAUCUUUACAGAAGCAGUUAUGAGAUGGUCGGUUACAUGCUUAGACAUGCUUCCAGGAUACAUGAAACUGAUAUACCAAAGACUACUUGAUAUGUAUAAGGAAAUGGAAGAAAUCCUGGAAAAGGAGGGAAAAACAGACCUUUUUAACUGUGCCAAGGAGUUUAUGAAAACGUUUAUUAAAGGCUACAUGAUGGAAGCAAAAUGGUUACAUGAGGGGUACAUACCAACAACAGAAGAGCAUGCUUCGGUAGCAUACGUCACAGGCGGUGGUAGCAUACUUAUAACAUCAUGUUUUCUAGGCAUGGCUGAUAUAGUUACGGAUAGAUCGAUCAAAUGGGCUCUCACUGAACCUCCACUUUUCAAAGCCUCAUCAAAAAUUGGUAGACUUCUAAAUGACAUUGCAGGUCACAAGGAGGAGCAAGAGAGAAAGCAUUUCCCAUCAAGUGUUGAAAGUUACAAGAAGCAAUAUGAUGUUACCGAAGAGUAUGCCUACGACUUGUUGCACAAGCAAAUAGAAGAUGUGUGGAAGGAUGUAAACCGAGAAUCCCUCUUAUGUAAAGAUGUUUCGAUGCCAAUACUAAUGGUUACAGUCAACUUGAUAAGGACAUUGGAAGUUCUGUAUAAAGAUAACGAUAACUUUACACAUGCGGGAGAAGAAUUUAUAAGUCAUAUAAAUUCGUUGCUCAUUCAUGCUAUAAGUAUAUGA